AUGAAUUUUGAUGACAAUGUCAGAAAAAAAAUGUUUUUGUAUGUUUCAUUAGGAAAUACUGAGCAUUUCUUUAAAAUUCAUAUUAUAUUGGCAUCUUUUCACAUAUAGAUUCCAGUUUAUCCUGGAGCUGCUGCUCCUCUACUUGGUGGACCUGUUAUAGGGGCACAGUUCCAUGGUGAAGAUGGAUUGGGCGAUGCUCCUGAUCCUAAUGCCCCAGGAACAGAACUUCUGCAGAAGGAAAAUGCUGUGACUGCAAUAUUAAGAAUAAUCAAUGGGCGGCCAGGUCAGGUAUCUCUGGUUGCUCUUGGUCCACUGACGAAUAUAGCAUUAGCAGUGAAAAUGGACCCAUCACUUCCCAAGAAACUUAAAAAUUUGUUCAUCAUGGGAGGAAAUACUGAAUCCAGAGGAAAUAUUAAAGUGUGUGGAGAAUUCAAUUUUGCAACUGAUCCUGAAGCUGCUUACAUUGUCUUAAAUGAGUAUACCUGCCCAAUGUAUAUUGCAGCCUGGGAGUUCACCUGUGCCUGCUCACUGCCCUGGGAAUUCUACCAUGAAUGGGUAAAUCAGAAUACCGAGAAAGCCAGGUUCAUGAAGAAAAUCUUUGCUCAUUCUUUAAAAGUCGCAAAACCUCACUUGGGCUUUGUUUCUUGCGACUCUUAUGCUAUGGCUGCUGCCAUUGAUGAAAACUUUGUCACGGAAGUCACAAUAAUUGGCGUAAGUGUUGAGCUCAGUGGCUCUCUAACUAGAGGAAUGAUGGUAAUGGAUUGGUGUGACCAUCUGAAAAAGGAACACAAAGCAUUUGUAAUGAAAAACUGUGAUUUAGGCAAAUUCCAGGCUCUUAUGAUGGAUGCUUUGAAAUAAAAUGGGCUUGUGAGGUUCUCUUCCAAAUAUUUAUGUUGUUACUGUUGCUGGGUAAACCAAGAUUUGCCGGAAGCACUAUAAUAGCUCCCCAUGCGAACGGUUCUAUUUGAAUUCCUUUCUAAUUGUUCUGAAGAAUAAAAUAAUCUUUUAAUAUUUCUGCCAGCAUGAAAGAUAUAUAUAGAUAGAUAGAUAGAUAGAUAGA